AUGCCUCGUGGUCAGAAACGUAAGCUCGAUGUAUGUGAGGAGUGCCAGCAGCUCCUAGAUGAAAUGCAGAAUACCAGAGUUGCUCAAGCCCCUGCAGAAGAAGAGGAUACAUUCUCCUCAUACUCUUCUGGCAUAGGGGUUACUCCUGAGAGCUCCCCUGGUUCUAGCAUGAUGUUUGGGAGCUUCUCACCUACUCCCCCACCUGCUGCAGAGGGUUUUGACAACAGGUCUGAUGAAGGUGACCAGAGUGAAGACGAUGAUGAAAGUCCUAGCCUGACCCCACCAACUAUGGUCAAUGUGGGCAGAGAUCCAGUAUCCAGAAGGGCGAGAAGGUUGGUGCGGUUCUUGAUUGAGAAGUAUAAGAAGAAUGAGCCCAUUAUGAAGGCUGAUAUGCUGAAAGCUAUCAAUAUGAAGUACAAGGAGCACUUCACUGAGAUCCUCAAGAAAGCCUCCAAGCGCAUGGAGCUGGUUUUUGGCCUUGAGCUGAAGAAAGCUUCCCCCAGUAGUAAGUCCUACAACCUCAUCAGCAAGAUCGAUCUCACCAGAGGAGAAAGCCUGCAUAGCCCAGAAGGUUUCCCCAGGAUAGGCCUCCUGAUGACCCUUCUAGGACUGAUCUUCUUGAAGGGCAACCGAGUUCAUGAAGAGGAGCUAUGGGAAUGCAUGAAAAUGUUGGGGCUCUAUCCUGGGAAAAGGCACAUUCUCUUUGGAGAACCUUGGAAGUUCAUCACUGAAGAUUUUGUUGAAGAAGGGUACCUCAAAUAUCAGCAGAUUCCAAAUACCGAUCCUCCAUGCUAUGAAUUCCUGUGGGGGCCACAAUCCCGUGCUAAAAUCAGCAAGAUGGAAGUCCUGAAGUUUUUAGCCAAGAUCAACAAUACAACUCUCAAUAGUUUUCCUGGGCUCUAUCAAGAGGCCUUGUGUGAAGAGCUGGAGAAAGCUGGAGCCUGUGUUUUGGCCAUGCAUUUCUAUUUUUUUCCUAGAGCCAACUAUUGA